AUGACACAAUUCCCGAUCCUCGAUCUCCCUUCAGUGGUCCAAGCAUUGGUGGUCGAACGCGUUGCAAAUAACUCUUUCGCAGAUCUCUAUAGACUCCGAUCUACUUGCAAGUCUAUGCGUGCGUUGGCAGACGACGGUGGGGUGUAUGCUUCCUUUGAUUUAUAUAACUACCCUUGGUACCUUGGCACGCAACAUUUAUUGUUAAGAAGAUGCUAUGAGGAGGGUAAUCCAAGUACUCUUUACGUCAAGGGUGUGGAGUAUUUCUACGGGUUAGACCGUCUAGAUCAAGGACUUCGUUUGUUAAAGAGAGUAGUGGAUGCAGGAUACGAGCGAGCGUUGUAUACCUAUGCAAUGACUCGCCAAAUUUUCUGGGAGGAUGAGGAGUACGUUUCUCGUUUCACAAGAGAAUCCGUUGGUAGAAUGGGAAUGGUGGUUAGAAAUGAAGAUCCGAUAUGGUUCAACAAUGAGAACGACCAGUUCAUAACAAAGAGGCAUUUGUUCAUGUCAACAGUCGUCCCCUUGUGUUAUAGUUGCCAGUGUUCACCAUGCUUGGACCGGGAUUGGGUUCUUUGGUACAUUGAGCACAACAAGGCUGGAGACAUGUGUAAUUGCUGCUUCUGGAUUAAAGAGGUUGCUCUUUUUUACGGGAUUUUCAGUGUUGCACUGGUUUUCCUGAUUUCGACACAUGGCAGUAAUGCUUCAUUGUUGUAUUACCUUUGCACUACAUAA